AUGUCUUCUACCUUUAGCACCCAUACGUCCUCCUAUGGGACACCACUCUCACCGGUAUCUAACCUUCAGCACGACUACCCUUCACCAUCUCUUCCAUAUGUUGCGUCAUCACAAGCCGAGCAACUCGCUGCUUGCCCAGCGGCAACCGCUGCAGCCACACGAAUCAUAGCUGCUGCUGGCCAGAUUGCCAGCAUAGUACAGAAACCAUUUCUGUUCAUGUCCGACGCGAGCAUGGUGUACACCCUUCCAGCAUGCUUGCGUCUCAUUGAACAUCUACACAUCGUCGAAAUUCUGCGAGAUGCAGAGGACGACCGCCAACGGCUUCUUUCCGAACUCCGUAUUAUCGCGGAGCUACAGGGAUCGGCUAACUCCUCGCCCUUAGCCCACCCCCUACGCCUGCUUUCGACUCAUCACAUUCUGCGUGAAACAGCUCCAGACACCUUCGCAUUAACGCGCGUUGCGAGCCUGCUUGACAGCGGCAAGAGCGUGGCAGAUGUCUUUGCACAGUACAAAAAAUAUGAAGACACGUCUGGCAUCGCCGCUUUCGUCGGAAUGUGUACUGAUGAACUGUUCAAGUCAGCUGCGUACCUUACGGAGGCGUUUACAGGUACGGAUAGAAGGAGCGCCGGGUCGGGACCUGAUCCUGAACCCCUUCCAGCAUUCAACCUCGCGUUCAACACGCCUGUGCCUUUCUUCGAAUGCGGCCGUGAGUUGCACAAGUCUUUCCGCCUUGAGCGGUUCUCGCAGGCGAUGAUUGGGACGAGUGGGUGGGAGGCGUCCGGAGCUAUUCUGACUGGCUUCGACUGGCUUUCCCUCCCACGAGGCUCGACGAUAGUAGACGUUGGAGGAGGCAUUGGGAGCACGACGAUGAUCCUUGCACGGGCGUUUGGAGGCAGCUCUGGACGUCGGGGGAGCUUCCGCUUCAUUAUCCAGGACCGUCCAGUGGUCGUUGGACUCGGACUUGACGCAUGGCGUGCGCAGUGCCCAGAGAUGCUGGAGAGCGGACAGGUCGUAUUUUAUGACCUCAAUCGGCAUCCCGCGGUCUACCUACUCCGCGUUGUCCUGCAUGACUGGCCUGACGCUCGUGCACGUCACGUGCUGCUCAACUUACGGCUUGGGAGCAGUCCAGAGACGAGGCUUAUUAUCGCGGAUCACGUCCUCCCGUUAGCAUGCUGGACGCUCGACUCUGUUCUAGCGCACCUCGAGGGUGCACAUGGCACUCUGGCACCUGUACCCCUGCUUCCGAACUUGGGCAAAGCAAGUGCAACGCCUUUUUCUAUGGACAUUGUGAUGCACAUUAUUUUCAAUGGCAAGGAACGCACGCUCCGCGAGUUUUGCGCGCUGACUCUGUCCUCUGGCUGGCGCGUAGCACGCGUGACAUACUCAAAAGGCUCUCAUUUCGGGCAUCUCGUCUGUGAACCUGUA